UCACACAACGCAUGCUCAAAAGUAAGUUACUAAUUGCGGAGCGGGCAGUAAGCAGUAGGUGAAGAAAGUCAAACGACGAUGGAGGGUGUUCAAGGGCAGCAACAGUACGGUGUUGGAGGGGAUCAAGUUGUCAUACAACAGCCAGGGCAGCAACAACCUGGCCAAGUAUGGAUGGCAGCUCCUCCCCCACCGCCUGGCUGUCCACCUGGUCUGGAAUAUUUAACUCAGAUUGAUCAGAUUCUAGUACAACAACAAGUAGAGUUGGUAGAAUUGUUUACUGGCUGUGAAAUGAGAAAUAAGUAUAGAGUUUGCAACUCAUUGAAUCAGCAAGUGUAYUUUGCCACAGAAGAAACUGAUUGCUGCACAAGAUGGUGUUGUGGUCCUCUUCGGCCCUUUGAGAUGUCUAUUACAGACAAUUUCCAGAGAGAAGUUAUUCACCUUUCACGGCCAUAUCGUUGUCAAUGCUGCUGUUGUCCUUGCUGCUUGCAAAYAAUUGAGGUUCAGGCACCUUUGGGCACAGUUAUUGGGACUGUGGAACAAGAGUGGACUUUUUGGAAACCUAAAUUUUCAGUCAAAGAUGCCAAUGGUGAAGUAGUUCUGACUAUUGAUGGACCUUGCUGCCCRUGCAGUUGUGGCAGUGAUGUUAAUUUUGAGGUAAAGUCUCGUGACAGAUCCGUGACAGUAGGAAAAGUCACRAAGCAGUGGACUGGAUUUGUUCGGGAGAUGUUCACAGAUGCUGACAACUUUGGAAUAACAUUUCCAAUGGACUUGGACGUAAAGAUAAAAGCACUUUUGAUGGCAGCUUGUUUCCUUAUCGUAAGACUUCAUGUACUUUGAAAGCCAACAAAACAAUAACUGAUGAUGAAGGAAAUCAACCGAAUGUGUGUUAUGAUUAAUGAUAUUAUGUUAUGAWUGCCAAUAAUAAGCAACGUUCAAGUCUAUUCAAGUAUAAAAGUAUAAAAGUAUAUAUACUAACAGGGGCGUAUCCAGGAUUUGUAAUAGCGCAGCGCACUGAUUCUAAAAAUAGCUUAAAGAUUCGGACAAACAUUGCAUUCUGUUUAACCGCUACGAGGAUUAUACGAACCGAUUUUAUUAUUUUUACUUAAARUURCAAUAAUAACCCAUGYAAACUAA